UUAGCUUUAAUUGUAUGCACUAGUGCAAUAUAUUUUAUUAUAUUUGUGUGUUCGUUGAAAUAGUUUAGCACUCACCACUUCGGUGGAAAUGUUGAAGAUAGCGGUUCAAAAAAAUUUUUUACGUUUUAAUAGCUUUUCGUGGGACUUUCGUCCUUAUUUUAAUGCAAAUACGUGAAAGAAUAAAUUUAGAUACUAUAGAAGUGAUGAUUUCCCAUCGUUCGUCGUUUAGGCGAUGUUUGACAUAUGUACAUAUGCACCAUCUGGUCGAAUUUGACUCGUGUCAGAAGUCAAGUCAGUCACAAAGCCUUUAUUGAUGGCCGUCAAGUCAUGAAAAACUUGCCUCAUGCGAGUCGAACGAAACAGUGCCUGUGAUCAGUAUUGUGUUGACAUUUGAAAGAUAGCAGAGGAUCUCAACAUUUUUUAUGGAUCAAUUUAACAAAUGUUGGUUAAUGUUUUGGGUCGACGCUAGAAGCGUACCAGAAGGACUGAAUCUUGUGCAAAAACAAUGUCGCGAAAAGAUCGCAAAAGAUAUGCUAGGCAACUUAGCUGAGAACCCCACAUUCAUAAAACUGGUGACGAGACAUGGGUUUCUGAAAUGACAUUGAAAUUGUCCUAGCGUAUAAAGAAUGGAGCUCCAAAAAUGAGCCGAAACGGCAAAAACCGCGUUGUCAAAAAUCAAGGUGAUGCUUAUCGUUUCCUUUGUUUAGCGUCGUGUUAUUCACCAUGAAUUUGUUUCACAAAGUCAAACGAUCAAUAGAGAAUACAGCUUCGCUGUUUUCGUGCGUCUACGUGAAACAAAUCGUGGUAAACGACCGGAUUGGCGAAAGGUCAUGCUUAUGUGAGAACUAGUUAUAAUACAUUUUAUAAAUAAAUUAAUUAAUGUAUUCUUGAAAAAAUUAAAAAUAUAAAUACAUAUAUCUUAAAACCUACAUUUUCUGGCAACAUACUAAUUUUUGGAAAAUAAACCACAAAGUUAAUACUAAAGAAGAAGAAUAAGUUUUACCGAACUAAACUUACAUCCGAUACAGUGUACUUAAUGUAUCCUUAGAUUAUGAUAAGUACAUAUUUCCAUCUUAACUGCUUUAGUAGGCUAAAUCACUUAGCUUAUGCUUCAUUUAUACAUACAUUGAAAUUUAAAUUAAUAUAAUGUGAUGAGCAUAGCUUCAAUAAUUCUACUGCAUUUUAAAUAAAUUUAAUACUAAAUCAUAAAAAUUAUGUACCUAAUUUUAUAUGGAAGUGUAGACAAGUCUAAAAUUUUAUUUAAAUUUUUAAUUGCCCAAAAGUUAAGCAGCAAAUUUAAAUGAUGCUGUAAGUAUAUACAAAUAUACAGAUAUACUUGCACUAGUAUAGAAAGAAAUCCCCGGCACUGCGCUGAUAAGGAAAGGUGCCGUUUGCUUUGUAUCACCGAUGUACUAUAAAAGCAAAGGUGCGCCAGUGAACUAACAAUAAACACAAUUCGAACGUCGAAGAAAGUGGAAGCACAUCCAGCUUAAAUAACCUUUCAUACAAGCAAACAAAACUACAUACAUAAAUAAAAUGAACUUCAACAAAAUUUUCAUUCUUUUGGCUGUCUUCAUUGCCGUCUUCGCUGGACAAACUGAGGCGGGUUGGUUAAAAAAGAUUGGCAAGAAAAUUGAGCGCGUCGGUCAACAUACACGAGAUGCCAGCAUCCAGACCAUCGCUGUGGCUCAACAGGCAGCCAAUGUUGCUGCAACUUUGAAGGGAUAAACUGAACAUGUUCCCUUGUUGUACAACAAAUAUAUAUAUAUUUUUACCUAAA